AUGGCGGCGGGGAAGCCCGCGUACGGGGGCGGGGAAGGGGGCGGGGGCGGGGGCGAGCGCGAACGCGAGCGCGCGGCGGGCAGGGAACGCGGCCGGACUCCCCGGCGCCCGGAGACGCCAGGGCGCGCGCGCGGGCAGGGGACCGCUUCCGGCCUCGGGCCGCCGCCGCCGUCGGUCACGUGCGGCGGGUGGGCGGGGCGAGGGCGAGUGGGCGGGGCGCGCGUGCGGGCAGGGGGCCGCUUCCGGCCUCAAGGCCGCGGCUGUCGGAGCGCGCGCCGUUGCCCGCCGAAACCCGGCGGCGGCGUCGCGGGCCUUGCGGUGCCUCUGUCCUCCCCGCGCGGCGGCAGGUGUGAGCGGGAGGUCCCCGCGUGCGGCCCGGAGCCCCGAGGCGCAGAGACGCCGCCGCCAGGGUUCUUCCGCGGGCGCCGCGCCCUUUGUGUCCCUCGCUCGAGGACCGGGCGGCGCCCUCUGGCGGCGGCGGCGGCGGCGGCGCGGCGCGGGCCGGGGCUCGGGUUCCGGGGCUCCCUGACCCCCGGGGCGCGGGGGGGGGCCUGCAGGAGCCGGUGGGGGCGCCCUCGAGCGCACGGAGGUCGAGGCCUGGAGGACGCAGGACGCAGGAAGCUCGGGUCCAGCUGCUGCCUCCGGGCCCCGCCCCGCCGCUCGUCGCUGAGCCUGGAGCAGCGCGGUCCGCCGCCGCGGCGUGGAUCCUGCAGAGUGCGGACGAGGACGGAGCAGCCACGAGCGGGGGGGAUGGAGGGGCGGGGCCGUAGAACGCUUAGACGUGGCGUGGACUCCCUCCUGGGCAGGCCGCCGGCCUCCUGCCUCCUUCCCCUCCUACCCCCCGGGCCCGGAGCGCUUAGGCGGGAGAGGGCAGCAGUCAGCGCCCAGCGCCCAGGCCCUCCGCCUUGGCCCCGCAGGCCCCUCGUGCCCCCGCCCCGGCACCCCGGCACCCCAGCCCUUCCCCUCGGGUCACCCUCCUGCCGCUGA